AUGAGUGUGAAGGAGUAUGGUCUUAAGUUCACUAAAUUGUCUCGAUAUGCAUCUACAAUGAGGGCUAAGAUGCUGAAAUUUGUGUCCGAACUUGCAAAAUAUGUAUGGAAAGAGUGCAAAGCGGCAUUGUUGAUUAGUGAUAUGGAUAUUUCCAGGGUUCAAGGUUUUCAGUCACAGAAAGGUGGAAGUUACCGGGUUCCCUCAUAUCCUGCAUGUACUAUUUGUGGAAAGAAUCACCCAGGCGAGUGUCGUUACGGAAAAGGUGAAUGCUAUGGGUGUGAUCAACGGGGUCAUAUGCAAAAAUAUUGUCCAUCAACAAAUAAAAUUAAUGGGGGAAAUAUAGCACAAUCUUCUGCUUCAGUUCCUACAGCAGGUCAGAGCACUACUCUGGGGACCGGUAGAGUUCAGAAUCAUCUGUAUGCUUUGGGAAAUCUCCAGGAUUUGGAGGCUUCUCCUAAUGUGGUUACUGGUAUGUUGAAAGUCUUUUCUGAAGAUGUUUAUGUACAACUUGAACCUGGUGCUUCCUUGUCCUUUGUGACCUUAUAUGUAGCCAUGAAGUUUGGAGUUUUUCCCAAACAAAUCCUAGAUUCAUUUUCUAUUUCAACUCCUGCUGGCGAGUCUAUUAUUGCUAGACAAGUUUAUAGAGAUUGUGUGAACGAGGGUGGUCAAGUUUUAGUUUCCCAACAAACAAGUUCUUGA